UUGUUUAUUUUCUUUUUGGUUUUUUCCCCCUUUAUUUUGGUUUUUGGUUUCUGUUUCUGUUUUUAUGUGUCAACAAAAACAAGUAAACAACGUCAAUUUUAUUCACGCCAGCACAAGACUCUUGCUCCUUAUCUUCUCCGAAAACAAUUGAACUAUCUCAGACUUAGACCCUUCAAUUGUUUCAGCUUGGAGACAUCAUUUGCCACAGCUUGGUGUCAAGAGAUAUCAGUUGCUCCUGUGUGAGCCAUGUAAUCAGCAACCAUAUUGGUGCUAAGCAAUAAAUGUUGCCUGGACACAUUCUGGUCACACUCGUAGAGGUUUUUCGCUGAGAUUUUGACGUCGGGAUCAAGCGCAACCUUCAGGAUGGUUGAACAAGUGAACCAUGCGCAGCACCGCAGCCACAGCCUGAGACGCAUACCCAAGCUCCCAUGCUAGUUCAAGACCAUGCUUUCAACCUUCAAGUUUGAGGAAACCAUGUCAUGGUUGUUGCUAUAUGCCCUAAAAUAGAAAAGGAGACCUUCUGAAUGACCUACAAUGGAGUCUAAUACACUAGACAAGAAUGAGAGAAACUGGGCUGACGAAAGAAUACCGCCUGUCCGAUUGGGUCUGCGGGAGAAGAAAUUUGUUCUGCAGAAAUUGGUGGUAUUUCCUCUCAAACUUCAGAAUUUGUGGCUUUUGAACAAUUAUAUGGGGAACUGUUUGGAUAAGGAUGAAUCUACGGAUACACAUUCUGAUCAACAUGUGGAGUUAGCUUCUGGAAAUGUGAAACUUAUUAGCAGCACCGAAGCUUGGGAGCAAAAGUUGGAAGAAGCAACGAGAGAUGGCAAAACUGUGAUCCUGAAUUUCAGUGCUACUUGGUGUGGUCCUUGUAAAAUGAUUGCGCCGUAUUACUGCGAGUUAUCUGAGAAAUUCACAUCGAUAGUGUUCUUAAUAGUCGAUGUGGAUGAACUAAGCGACUUCGCCGCUACAUGGGACAUCAAAGCCACGCCAACUUUCUUCUUUUUUCAAAAUGGACAACAAGUUGACAAACUUGUAGGAGCAAACAAGCCAGAGCUGCAGAAGAAGAUUGCUGCCAUUACCGAUUCGGUUCCAAAGUGGCAGUAACUGUUGUUUUGUUCAUCGAUUCUUGUAAGAAACAAGCCGUGUGCGUUCUCCUUUUCGCAAGUCACAACUUCGAGGUCAAGACUGAGUGUGAUCUAGGUGUUUUUUCCAGUGACUGAAUGUUUCUACAUGUUCUGCAGUGACUUGAAUGUCUUCAGAUUUUUCCUUCUUGGGUGUAAAUAGAUGUUUCAUUUGAAUUGUCUCUGAUUCAAAGUAAUGUGGCUGUAUUGUAACAAGCUUGUUUUGCUAAUUGGUAAUACCAAAAUUUGUUGUGACUUUGUUGUCAAAUUUAAAUGAAAUGUGGUUCCCUUUCUGCUGAAUUGA